UCCGGCCUCUGGUCAGCUGCUGCCUUUCACAGUGCAGUUAUAGGCUAUCCCACAGCAGACUAUUCCUAGUCCAGCUGUGCUCCACCAGUGAGGAGAGCUCCCAGCAGCAGCAGCAGCAGCAGCAGCAGUGUGUUCUGGUCCUCCGGCUGAGGUGCAGAGAUGCCUCCCAAGUCCGUUAAACGCGCUAUAACGGACGCGCUGGAUGACUUGUCCGAGGAGCAAGUAAAAAGGUUCUGCUCCGUGGUACGGGACCGCAAGGAAGAGCCGCGGAUCAGACUGGCAGAUCUGGAGGGAAAAAGUCGUCCAGAAAUUGCACGUGUCCUGGUUCAGUUGCACACCGAAGUCAAAGCUAAAGAGGUGGCUCUGGAGGCGCUGGGGGAGAUUGGCUGCAACCAGCAAAAAAAGAGCCUCGCUGAGGAGUUCGGUGAGGCUUCAGUGGCACCUGUUUCCAGGUACGGAAACAUCAUGUUGGUGGAAACUACCGGCGCCUCACAACAAACAGCUCAGCAGGACAAGCUGAAAUACUCAGGUGUGAAGGCGUCAUACGCCAUGGCUGAGACUGAUCUGGUGGAGAUGAACAAAUACAAAACCAUCAUCCAAAAUGCGGCUCGUCAGAAAGGACUUGAUCCAGCUCUCAUUGCUGCACUCAUUUCCAGGUCAUGCAGGGCUGGAAAGACACUGACGGCAGGCAAGGGGUGCUAUGACGAGAAGAGAAAAGCCUAUAAUACCUACGGGCUGAUGCAGAUUGAUAUCAAUCCAAAUGGAGGUGGACACAUCCCAAAAGGCGCAUGGGACAGUGAGGAACACCUCUGCCAAGCCAUUGACAUCCUGCUGUAUUUCAUGUUGCGCAUCAAGCAUGCAUUUCCAGACUGGACCAAGGAGCAGCAGCUGAAAGGUGGGAUAGCAGCCUACCAUGCAGGGGAUGGGAACAUCCACUCCUAUGAAGAGGUGGACGCCAAAACCUGGUGUGGAGACUACUCCAACGAUGUUAUUGCCAGGGCUCAGUGGUACAAAAGCGAGGGUGGCUUUUAAGCCGUCAGCAAUCAUGUAUGAAAUGAUGCACGUAACGAAUGGAGAUUCCUCUUUUAAAAUUUCUAGUCGUCGUCAUUUCUUAUAAAUGAUAUAUUUUUCAGCAACUGCAGCUCAACAGAAUCAUCCAAAACAUUUGUCUAAACAGUUAAAAUGAUUGAUUACAUAAAUUAGCAAACCAUUGUAAUCAUAUGUGUCAAUGUGUUUUAAAUACAUUUACGAAUUGUUUUAAACUUGACUGUUAAUCAUUUGUAAUUUUACAAUAAUAUGUACAUGUAACAGGUAAUAAAUGCUUUACAACACACUUAAA